AUCUAGCACGUCAGUCAAGCUGCAGGUACAGUUCCAGAUUCACGACGAGAAAAAUGAUACAAUUAUUACGCGGUAUUUUCCGGAACGCGUCACGUCACGCAGGCGCAGCAAAACACUGUCUAUCUUUGAAAAACCGACCUAUGCCCAGGGCAUCGAUCUCCACCGGACCGCAGCAGGAGCACGGAAACUUCUAUGAGUUCCGCACAUAUUACAUCCAGCCGCAUCUCAACGCUGCCUUCCUCAAACUGACCAAUGAGAAGAUCCACCUGCGUACAGCCCACUCAGAGCUCGUUGGAUACUGGAGUGUGGAAUAUGGGGGUCUCAAUCAGGUUUUCCACAUUUGGAAGUAUGACAGCUAUGCCCAGCGUGCAUCUGUGCGGGCAGCCCUGGCUCAGGACCCCAGCUGGAUUGAGCAGUACAUCUCUAAAGCGAUGCCCAUGCUGAGCACUCAGGAUAAUGAGGUGACGUACCUCGUACCCUGGAGCAAAAUUCAGAAGCCACCCAAAGACGGAGGUGUUUUCGAGUUAGCCACCUUCCAGAUGAAGCCGGGCGGUCCGGCGGUGUGGGGUAAAGUGUUUCAGGCAGCAGUGGGCACCCACAUGGGAUCAGGAUACGCCCACUCAGUUGGGGUUUUUCACUCUGAAUUUGGACCGCUCAAUCAAGUGCAUGUUUUAUGGUGGUAUGAGAGUGCAGACCAGCGUGCAGCAAUGCGGCAAAAAGCUCAUGGAGAUGCCAGAGUAGUGGCGGCAGUAAGGGAGAGUGCAGCGUACCUGGUGUCACAGAAGAACAAACUCAUGUUCCCCUGUACCUUCUCACCAAUCAAAUAACAUGGCCUCGAGGUUUGAAUCCACAAUCAGGGAAAUGUGGAGUGAGAUUUCAUUUUUGCAGCAAAUGAAAUAAGUGAUAAACCGAUUUAAAGUUUUUGCAGAUGAUCAAAUACUGAUAGUGAGUCAAAAUAAUGCUUUGCAUCAUAUUAAGACUAAAAAGACUAUUAAUCAUUGGUGUACAUGUCAUUUUUCUACAAUAAAUUCUUCCAUGGCAAUAAAAA